GUGGUGAACCAGGUCCUGGAGCGGACAAGCAGCGGUGGCUUCUGCGGCAAUGACACCCUGAUGCACGUGACGUUGACCUCGCUGCCCUUCGGUGGGAUCGGCAACAGCGGCUUGGGGAAAUACCACGGCAAGUUCACCUUCGACACCUUCACCCACCACCGCAGCUGCCUGCACCGCAACAUGGGCCUGGAGGCCCUCAACGCCCUGCGCUACCCACCCUACAGCCAGCAGAAGCUGGGGCUGUUGGCGGCCACCUUCGAGAUCAAGCGCAAGGGCAUGUGCACCCUGCUCUGA